AUGUCAAAAUCGGAUCUCGAAGAGAGCUCGGGGGGCUCCGAGACGAACGUGAUAACCAAGCCCACAAUAUGGCAGCGCUUCAAAUCACAUAUGAAGAAGUGGUGGUCGGCGUAUCUGAUCGGAUUUAUUUGCAUCUUCUUAGUGGUCUUUUUGCCAAUAAUCUACGUCGGAAUUCCACAUUGGGCCGACUCAUAUGUUGAUAGCUAUGAGUACGAUGAAACAGGAUUAGCCAUCACCAAUCCUCGUCCCACUGCUUUUCAUAUCAGCCAGUCAAAGAAAAUCAGCAUGGGAGGUGGUUUCAGCGGCAGUGGACAUCUAUCAGCUUUCAACGCGUCGAUUCGUACCUCCAAUGACCAGGAGUUCGCCAUCUUCCCAGUACCAGAGAUCAAAUUUGGUAAUGGAGCCUAUCUCAACAUCGACCAAGAUCUCGAUCUGUCCUGCGUGGACUGUGUGUCUCAGUUGGCUGUUUCCGCAGCUACGAAUAAAAGCUUCUCUGUAUUGGUUAAAGGAAAACCGAACUUGAAGGUUGGAGGUUUGCCCACAGCGCAUUUGAAUAUUCACAAGACGAUGAAAAUGAACGGAUUUGUGAAUAGUAACGGCGCAUUCAACAUUACUACUUUGGACCCGCUGAGCAACAACACUGAAUAUAACUUCAAUGCCACCAUCUCCCUCCGGAACCCAACGCCUUUUACAGUUGAAAUGGGACACGUCACAUUUAAUCUCAGCAUGGGAGGAUCAGCACUGGGGAAUGUCGACCUACCGAAUUUAAAGCUCGAGCAGGAUAUAUCUAGCGCCGUGGUGUUGAUCAAAGUGAACGAGUCAAUGUUGAUCGACGAGGCUCUACUAGGCGACGGCUCCCUGGGUGUAGUCACAAUUGAUAUCAAAGGCCACAGCUGUGACUACAAUGGGCAGGAUAUCCCAUAUUUCGCCGCAGCCAUCCAGGCUGUCUCUGCAUCCGCCACCGUGGAUUUGCUGAAAUACGCAUCGAGUUUGUUUGAUUAG